AAAAUAAUCGACUGUUCGGAUUGAACCAUUGAACGUUUGAAUGGUGAAAUGAGGUUAAAUAACGUUGGUUAAAAAGUUAUCAUUAUUGCAAAACAAUCAUAGCCUACUGUAUUUUCGGUGUAGCUUAGAUUGUUUGUAAGCUUGAUUACCCUACUAUAUAGCAUCAACUUCGUUCCUUUGUAAUAAGUAAAAGGAAACACAUAACAAAAUGACAACUGCUGCGAGGCCUACAUUUGAACCUGCCAGGGGUGGACAAGGAAGAGGUGAAAAGGAUUUGAGUGCUAUCUCAAAACAAUAUUCAAGCAGAGAUUUACCUGGACACACAAAACUCAAAUUCAGAGAACAUGGGCAAGGUACAACUGAUGAACUGCGUGGUCGUGACUUCAGAAGGGAAUUGGAGGAACGUGAGAAAGAAAAGGAGAGGGGAGGUCGGCGCAUGCCUGAACCCAGAGAUUCCAAUAAGCGGCUGAAGCUAGAUCAGGUACCUGCAGCAAGUUUGGACGCUGACGAUCCGUUGAACGAGGAUGACUCUGAUGACGGGGACAGUGACGACGACACCGCACAGUUGCUAGCUGAGCUGGCGCGCAUCAAGAAGGAGCGAGCCUUGGAGACUCUGCGUAAGGAAACGGAGCGGCGACAGGAAGAGGAAAGGAUCAGAAUGGAGAACAUAUUGAGUGGGAACCCACUAUUGAACUACUCUGCGCAAGCAACUAAAUCUGAUCUUAAGGUGAAACGUCGGUGGGACGAUGACGUUGUGUUCAAGAACUGUGCUCGAUCCGAGCCGGAGAAGAGCAAGAAUACAUUCAUCAACGACUCACUUCGGUCAGAGUUCCACAGAAAGUUCAUGGAAAAAUAUGUAAAAUAAGACUUUCCGUGCAGUGUUUAAUAGUGUCUCGGUCAGUCUUGAGAUGGACGAAUCACGAAAUAAAAUUGACUUGAAAGUGUUGAAAUCCGUAAAUACAUGACGUAAAUACAAAGACAUUACUUGCAGUGUUUUAAUUAUUUUUUUUUAAACAGAGUAAGUAAUUUGAUUUUGUGUUUUCAUUUUGUGACAUAACUUGCAGUGUUUUAAUUAUGUUUUUUUUAAACAGAGUAAGUAAUUUGAUUUUGUGUUUUCAUUUUGUGUAGGCCUACAUAGAAUUAAAAGAAGAAAUAACCCAUCAAAGCAUAAUUUUAUGCAUAAAAGUAAUUCUACACACCAGACAUCAUUCACCAAAGAAGUAAUCAAUUAUUUG